CGUGCGCGUGUGCCCUCGGCGCAGGUUUGCUAGGCGGAUCUUCCGCCGCUUGAUGAGCUCACAGUUGAGUGAUGAUAUCAGCGUGUGCGCCUCUGGCUUUGCUCCUCCCCCAGACCAUCGCACGCUAUCGCGCAGCCAUUGGGGGAUCCGGCACUGCUCAGGCGGGUCCUUUCCCUCCCCGAGGACCCGGCCCUUGCCCCGCCCCUUAUUUGUGCGGAGCUAGCUGGCCCGGCGGAUUACAGCGCAGAGAGGCUGGACUUGUAGGCGCAGCAGCUCCGGAGGCGAGCUGAGCUGAGUGAGGGCCGGCGAAGGCCGGCGGAGACGCCACCAGGGCUAUGCUGGGCAAGGAUUACAUGCUGGCCAUCAUUCUGGUCAACUGCGAUGAUGACUUGUGGGGGGACCAGAGUCUGGAGGGGGAGCCAGGCCUGCCCCCUGGCUGGAGGAAGAUCCGCGAUGCUGCAGGUACUUAUUAUUGGCAUGUACCCAGCGGUAGCACCCAGUGGCAGCGCCCAACCUGUGAGUCAGGAGAUGCAGAGGACCCAGGCACGAAGACGGAGGGAAUUUGGGGACUUCGGCCCCCCAAGGGGAGAUCCUUCUCAAGCCUGGAGAGCUCACUGGACCGGAGUACUUCUCUGUCCUGGUAUGGUGAAGAAUCCUACAUCCAGAGAAUGGAGCCAGGGGCUAAGUGCUUUGCAGUCCGCUCUCUGGGGUGGGUAGAAGUACCUGAAGAGGACCUGGUACCAGGGAAGAGCAGUAUUGCAGUCAAUAACUGCAUCCAGCAGCUGGCCCAGACCCGUAGCCGGAGCCAGCCCCUAGAUGGUGCCUGGGGCGAGGGCCAGAACAUGCUGAUGAUACUGAAGAAGGAUGCUAUGAGCCUGGUGAAUCCCCUGGACCACAGUCUGAUCCACUGCCAGCCUCUAGUGCACAUCCGUGUAUGGGGUGUGGGCAGCUCCAAGGGCCGCCCCAUCUCUGACCCUGCCAGGGACUUCGCUUUUGUGGCGGGUGACAAAGACAGCUGUAUGCUCAAGUGCCAUGUGUUUCGCUGUGACGUCCCUGCCAAGGCCAUUGCCAGUGCCCUGCACGGUCUCUGUGCCCAGAUCUUGUCAGAGCGAGUAGGGGUCAGUGGUGAGUCCCCUUGCUGCUCACUAGACCCCAUCUCCCCUGAAGACCUGCCUCGACAAGUGGAGCUACUGGAUGCGGUGAGCCAGGCUGCUCAGAAGUACGAGGCACUGUACAUGGGGACCCUGCCAGUCACCAAAGCCAUGGGCAUGGACGUGCUGAACAAGGCCAUUGGUACCCUCACCACCCGUGGGGACCAGGACACCUGGGUCCCUGCCAUGCUCAGUGUGUCUGACUCUCUCAUGACUGCACAUCCCAUUCAGGCAGAGGCUGGUGCAGAGGAGGAGCCACUGUGGCAGUGCCCUGUGCGCCUCGUGACCUUUAUUGGUGUUGGUCGUGACCCACACACCUUUGGCCUCAUUGCUGACCUGGGCCGUCAGAGCUUCCAGUGUGCGGCCUUCUGGUGCCAGCCCCAUGCAGGGGGACUCUCCGAAGCUGUACAGGCUGCUUGCAUGGUUCAGUACCAGAAGUGUCUUGUGGCCUCUGCAGCUCGAGGCAAGGCCUGGAGUGCCCAGGCCCGUGCCCGCCUGAGGCUCAAGCGGACCAGCUCUGUGGACUCCCCAGGAGGUCCCCUGCCCCUCCCCCUGCUCAAAGGAGGGGUUGGGGGUGCCGGGGCAGCCCCUCGAAAGCGGGGCGUCUUCUCUUUUCUUGAUGCCUUCCGGCUGAAACCCUCGCUGCUCCACAUGCCCUAAAUUAAUUGGGAAGGACUGGGGAAGGCUCUGGGUCCGUGUCCAAUUCUGUGCCCCUUCAUUUCUCAGUGGCCUGCAGCCUCUCACACCUUGGAGCCUCCUCUGCCUGCCCCACUGACCCUUGCCCUCUAUUUAUUGCCCAGGUUGUUGUUUAUAUGGAUGAUUGAAAGGCCCUGUACCACAACCUAGGCCCUGGGCUCUCCUUUUCCUGGGUCCCUGUGUUCCUUGCCGCUGUCCAGUCCUGGACAGUUGGCUCUACCUCAGCAACCACUUUAUAGCAAAAUCAGUACAAAUAAAAAUCCCUCAGUGACCUCA